ACACACUCACCAACACUUCCACGUGACCCUUCUUUCUCUCUUCCGUUGGAGCAAGAAGAGAGGUUCGAUUUUCUGGUUUUGAUUUGGAUCCGAUAACCAGAAAUGGCAAAGAAUGUGGGGAUUCUCGCUCUUGACAUCUACUUCCCUCCCACAUGCGUCCAGCAGGAAGCUUUGGAGGCUCAUGAUGGUGCCAGUAAAGGGAAAUAUACCAUUGGACUUGGACAAGAUUGCAUGUCGUUCUGUACCGAUGUAGAAGAUGUCAUCUCAAUGAGUUUGACAGUGGUUAAUUCCCUUCUUGAGAAGUAUGAGAUUGAUCCGAAACAAAUUGGUCGGCUGGAAGUAGGCAGCGAGACUGUAAUAGACAAAAGCAAAUCCAUCAAGACAUUCCUGAUGCAGAUCUUUGAGAAAUAUGGAAACACUGACAUUGAGGGUGUUGAUUCCACUAAUGCAUGCUAUGGAGGAACUGCUGCUUUAUUCAACUGUGUUAAUUGGGUGGAAAGCAAUUCAUGGGAUGGACGCUAUGGACUUGUUGUCUGCACUGAUAGUGCAGUCUAUGCUGAAGGACCUGCUCGACCUACUGGAGGAGCUGCUGCAAUUGCCAUGCUAAUAGGUCCUGAUGCUCCAAUGUCUUUUGAAAGCAAAUUGAGGGGAAGUCAUAUGUCUCAUGCUUAUGAUUUUUACAAACCUAAUCUUGCUAGUGAAUACCCGGUUGUCGACGGAAAGCUUUCACAAACUUGUUACCUCAUGGCUCUUGAUACUUGCUAUAAGCAUUUCAAUCACAAAUAUGAGAAACUCCAUGGAAAACAAUUUUCUAUUUCUGAUGCUGAAUACUUUGUAUUUCACUCUCCGUAUAACAAGCUUGUACAGAAAAGUUUUGCUCGGUUGGUGUUCAGUGACUUCUUGAGGAAUCCUAGCGCUGUGGAUGAGGUUGCAAAAGAAAAGCUAGGACCAUUUGCAACUUUAUCUGAUAACGAGAGCUACCAAAGCCGGGAUCUUGAAAAGGCAUCCCAGCAAGUUGCAAAACCUCUAUAUGAUGAGAAGGUACAACCAACUACUUUGAUACCAAAACAAGUUGGCAACAUGUACACUGCGUCUCUCUAUGCAGCCUUUGCAUCCCUUAUUCAUAACAAGCAUAGCACAUUGGCAGGAAAAAGGGUGAUAUUAUUCUCAUAUGGAAGUGGCUUAACUUCAACAAUGUUUUCUUUGCAAUUUAGCGAAGGUCAACAUCCAUUUAGCUUGUCAAACAUUGCCCGAGUGAUGGAUGUUGCUGGAAAAUUGAAAUCAAGACAUGAGUUUCCUCCAGAGAAGUUUGUCGAAAUCCUGAAGCUAAUGGAGCAUAGGUAUGGUGCCAAGGAGUUUGUGACAAGCAAGGAUAUUAGCCUUUUAUCUCCAGGCACAUUCUAUCUCACCGAAGUUGAUUCCAUGUACCGGAGAUUCUAUGAAGAGAAAACUAAAGAAAGCAGUUUGACUCCUGCAGUCAACGGUUUGACGGUCAAUGGUCACUGAUUCUUACCAAUAUACAGCAAGCAAUAAAUGGAAGUCAACCUCGCUUAGAAUGAAGAAGGGUAUUCUAGUUUGCAUUAGUGUUGUUCUGUAGUGGCAAGUAUUGUAAGUUCAAUUAUUUCAUUUUACCAUUGAAAUCUAAAUUCUAGCUUUUGUUGUUA